UAGGAACGGCUGAAUGAUAACGAUCCGAGAGACUUCCGUUUUGCCACAAAUUUGCGCAGGGCCGCAGGUACAUUCUGGUGGGUCGGGUCCUGCCGCCCGCCCAACAAUUUUCACGCCAAAAAGCGCCCCGAAAAAAGGCGUUUGCCGGAGCCAAGCUCCAGCAAAAGAAAACCGCACCAGACGUGGCAGCAUCUGGCUUUGAGAAGCACUGCCAGCUCCUUGCCGGACCUGAUUGCUGGACACGCUCGUCUGAAUCCGAGGCAUUUCAGAGAAAAGGCCGGCCCGCCCGACAGGUCCUUUUUCCACAAUUGACGAGAGCUCCCAGGCGGCGGCGGCAGAAAGUGGGCGAACUCCGAUCCGCGCACUGGAACCAAGCCUCGAUCUAAGACUCGACUAGACGGCCCCGACCACCGGCCCCGACUCGUUGGACAGACUCUCAGAUCGGACAGAAACACAAUGGCGACGCUUGCGGCAUUAGGCCGCAUGUCCGGCCGCCUGAACAGGCGGAGGCUAGCUGGAGCUGUUGUCACGCCACGAGGCUUUAGGACCUCGGCCGCGGCGCUUGCCGCACAGAACUUCACCAUGCCCGCCCUCUCGCCGACCAUGACGGAGGGCAACAUUGCCACCUGGCGCAUAAAGGAGGGCGACAAGUUCUCCGCCGGCGACGUGCUGCUGGAGAUCGAGACGGACAAGGCCACCAUGGACGUCGAGGCCCAGGACGAGGGCAUCCUGAUGAAGAUCAUGCAGGGCGACGGCGCCAAGGCCGUAAAGGUCGGCGCCCGCAUCGCCGUGCUGGCCGAGGAGGGCGACGACAUCUCGGCGCUGGAAAUCCCGCCCGACGAGAGCGCCGCCGAGGAGACGCCGCAGAAGCAGCAGCAGCCAAAGUCAUCUGAGGCCUCGUCGCAACCACCCCAGCCGUCCGACGCCGCCGCCCCCGCACAGCCCGCCGCCGAGGCCACCAAGAGGGCGCCCCCCGGCGGGAAGCCGUCCAGGGUCAUCUACCCGCUGCUGCCGUCGGUAGCCCAGCUCGUGAGGGAGAAGGGCAUCGACGAGUCGGCCGUGGCGCAGAUCGUCGCCACGGGCCCCAACGGGCGCCUGCUCAAGGGCGACAUACUGGCGCACCUGGGCGUCAUCAACCAGCAGACCCCCGCCACCAUAUCCGAGAGGUUCGAGAAGCUCUCGCACCUGGACCUCAGCAACAUCAAGCUCGCCAAGCCCGCGCCGAAGCCGCAAAGUACCGCCGCCGCCGCCGAAGCGUCAGCCCCCACGAGGCCGACGCUGGUCGAGGUCUCGCUUCCCGUCUCGUUCGACGCCGCCAUGAAGCUGAACGAGAAGCUCCGCGGGGGCCUCGGCUUCGACUUGCCCCUGCCGGAGUACAUCGGCCGGGCCUCGGACCUCGCCAACGACGACCUUCCCGUCCCGUCCGACUAUCAGCCCACCGCCGACGAGCUCUUCGACCAGGUCCUGGGCCUCACCUCCAGCAAUGCCCCCAUCACCUCCCGGGGCAACUACAGGCCCCGACUGGCGGGAGCUAUGGAACACCGCACCCCCAAGCCUUCUGUUCGUCGCCGGCCCGAUAUCAUUGAUGUGCUGGCCGGCCCUUCCGGCGCCGCCAGGAGGCCCGCGCUCCAGUCCUCGUCGUUUCCCGGCUUUUCGUAUCCCACACUCGAGCCUUCUGGCCCUCGGUUUGUCAGCCUCACCGUCCCCAAGACGGAGGAGAAGCGCGCCAAAACCUUCCUCGAGAGGUUCAAGGUGGUGAUGGAGGACGAAAUCGAAAGUCUUGCGUAUUUUGAAGAUUAAUCGCCAGCUGCGCGGGCUGUUUUUUUUUUGGGCGAUGCUGUAAUCAUAUCCACCGUAUUUAUAGAUUUGGCAUGGAGAUAUCAUUGAUGGAUGGGCGUAAAUGGAAGCGUUAUGUUUCUAUUUUUAGGGGGUUCCGAAAGAGAGGUGCAAUGGCUUGUAUAGGUAUCUAAAAUCAACCGCGGCUGUGGCUUCGCGUGGAACCAAGCCGCAAUCAGAGCACGCAAACACUUGCUUACAGGUAUCCUUUCAAGUUCAUUCCCGACAUUAUAUCUUCCCAUAUCCAGGCUACCUCGCUUCGUAACAAAAUCCAGCAUGCCUGCCCAGCCCCCAA